AUGGACCCCAACCCACAAGGCGGCGACGGUAAAACAAAUUCGCAAAACAAUUUCAGUAGUUAUUUUCCUCCAGUACCAAGCCAAACCUUUUCGCAAACUACUGGAAAUUUUGUAAAACAGCCAAAUGUAUCUAAUAGAUUUGAAAUUCAACAAACAAUAGUGCCAACUAACCAGCCAUCUAGGGACCUUACUACGCCGUUUGUGUCAUUCCCACCUUUAGAUAAGGUUACAUCAAACAUAAAUAAUCAGAUUACUUCGACAAAUCAACCAACAACUUACGACGGUCAGGUUUACCAAUACAACAAGCCAGCAACAAUUAAACAAGAACCUCAAAAUGGUAAUAAACAACCGUCAUUUGGAUCCUUUAAGCCACUUGAACAAAAUAAACCGGAAGCCAAUAAACACCAACAAAUAUCCACAGGCAAUAACGGAGGCGAGAUCUACGAAUAUAACAAGCCAGCGACGUCUCAACAAACAGGAAUUUCUUCUCAAGAUUUCAAUAAAAAACCAGAAGAUAGUAUUCAACAAUUUGCUGUAAAUCAGCCCCUACAAGGUAACACAAAUGGUGAGGUCUACCAAUACAAUAAACCUACGUUACCACAGACAUCAUCAACUAUUAAUUCUGUUAAUAAUGAAAGGCCUUUGCAAGGAUCUGAAAUGAAUCAGUCCCAAACCAUUACACAACUGAUUGCAAAUGUCUUUGGUGAACAAAAUCAAUUUAACGAACCUAUAGAAUCAGAAAAGAAGCAGCAAAUCAAGGAAAGUGAAAUCUAUGAAUAUAAUAAACCAACUUCUGUCCCAAAUUUGAAUGUACAACAGCCAACAACUUCCUUAGGUAACAACAAUGCUGAGGGUCAACCUCAAAAUAACAUUUUUUCCCCAAAUCAAAAUAAAAAUAGCUCUCCAGGUAUUACAUACCAGCAGCCCUCUUCUAUUUUGCAAAGUACCCAAACAAGACCUACUAAUCCCAGUUUUUUCCCAAACCCAGUAGCAUCACGUUUUAGCGAAGCGGGUCCUUCAGGCACACAAGGCUCUUCACUUCAGCAGCCAACUACGCCUUCCUUUAGUCAAAUAACCCAAAAUGUUUACAGCCAGCCCCAAGGUCCUGAUAAUUCUUAUUUCUAUGAUAAACCAUCAAAGCCCUUCAGACAACAGUUUCCACAGUCUCCUUUCAAUACAAAUAGUGCUCAGCGACCAAAUGUUGAUCAGAGUCAGUCUUUGGUUGUAAAUAGAUUUAAUACACCUUCACUACCUCUAGCUUCUACGUCUAUACAGUCAGCAAAUCAGUUGCAAAACAAUGGAAUUACUCAAGCGCCAACAUCUUUAGCUUCCAGUCUAACGACAAAGCCUACCAACCAACAAAAUAACUUACCGUCACUUCAAACAUUUAACCCAUAUACUCAAACAAGUCAACAGCCCGGAUCAUUCGCGAACGCAUUUGCGUCUACUCAGUCAUUUCCCACUUUGAAACCUCAGGAACAAACUACUUUCAACAGACCAAAAGCGGAAAUCUACGAAUAUAAUAAGCCCGCUGGAUCUCUACCUGAAUCUGAAAAUAAUAACGAACAGAAAAUUGAAACACCAAACGGCCAAUUAAGACCACAAACGGUAAUUAGUGUAAAUCAAGGGUCUCAAACCCAAAAUACCAGAGAACCAGUUGCAAUUCAGGAGCAAAGCUUUGAGUCGCCUAUACCUGAUGCAAGUAUAGGAUUACAAUCAAACCCCAGCUCAAGGCCUCUUGGUUCCACCAUCAUUGGAAGCCCAUGCUGUAAGAGUUUCCAGAAAAAUCAAAUGCAGGUCAAUGCGGUACCAAAGCCAAAUUUCAACACACAGGCUAUAAGACAAGAGAAUCAACGCGAACAAUUUGAUGUUAAUAGGAAACCGCCCACAUACGAUUCAACUGGAUAUCAUUAUUGA